AUGAACGAUCCAAUUCAUAAAAUUCCUGAAGAUAAUAAAAUUAAUGCUAUGAUUGAUAUGAUUCGUGAGGGUAAUUUUAAAACAAUGUUGAGAGAUGUUGAUAAACAAUUGAAGAAAAAACCAAAUAAUCAAUUUUGGAAAGCAAUGAAAGCAUAUGGAUUAGCAUAUACAGGACAAUUAGAAAAAGCUGAUGAGAUCAAUAACUCUUUAAUAAAAGAAGAAGUUAUUACACCAAUAACAAUGAAUUGGAUAUUAUAUGGAUAUAGAGCAAGUAAAAAUAUAGAUGGGUAUAUUCAAGCAGUUAAAAUUUUUUAUGAGAAAGAUAAAAAUAAUGAUGAUAGAAUUAAAGAUCGUUUCUUUAUUGCACAAAUCGAAAAUGAUUAUUCAUUACAACAAACACUUAUUAGUGAAUUAAUAAAAA